GAAUUCAAAGAAAAUCCCUCCCUUGGAGGGCGGAUUUCUUCUCACCUCUGUGUGCUCCUGAAAAAUAUAUGACAUCUAACUAAACGGGUGCUGAAAAGGUAAUAAGAUCUGUUUUGGUUAACUUGAUAGUCGCACUGGCCGGGGUCACUUACAGGCCUUGAUCGUGGAAAUGGUAAACUGAGAAGGCAGCCAAGUCGAACAAAAUGUUUCAACUAUAAACGUGGGUUUAUUGUAAUCAGCAAUAACAUUCGAGGCACUUUUCUUUUUCUACGAAUUGCUAGUUAACCUGGGUGUUUAAUGGGGCGGUCGGUGUGGCCUUUGUUUAUAAGGCAUGGAGUAAACCGGUUCCACGAGUUGAUCUAUAACUCUGGCUGCUUAUAAGGCAGGCCCACAUCACUCUCUGGACUCUCUGGGGUGAGAAGCUGAGGGAAACUGCCAUUACGGGAGCAGCUUCACGCUACAGAGACCGGACCAAUGGCGCUGCGCCCCCGAGCUUCCUCCCAACCUGGAAAACUUUCCCUCCUCCAGGUUCCCAAGGCCAUCCCAUCUCUUCGACCGCGGGCCGUCUCUUCGCGGUCGGGUUCCAUGCUGGAAGAGGAGCUGUCUUGUCCCGUCUGUUGUGAGAUCUUCAAAGAACCCGUGGUCCUCAAGUGCAGUCACAGCUUCUGCCGGGCCUGCCUGCAGGAGUUCUGGAACAAGAAGAAGGCCCGGCGCGAAUGUCCCAUCUGCAGGAGGAAGUGCUCUCUGACGGAGCCGACCGUCAGUCUGGCCCUGAAGAAUGUGGCGGACACCUUUCUGAGGGAGCAGGAGCGGAGGACAGCCACGUCUAGAGACGGCACAGGAGCGGAGGGGAAGGGGCUGGAGGUGAAGUGCGCCUCUCAUGGGGAGGCUGUCAAACUUUUCUGCAUGGAUGACUUUGAAGUCCUGUGCUUUGUGUGUCACACUUCCAAGAAGCACCAGGGGCACCGAGUUUGUCCCGUGGAGGAGGGAGCCCAGGAUCUCAGGGUAGGGUUAAAAGAAGAGCUGACCCCCCUAAAGAAACAUCUGCGACGCCUGUAUGAAGCCAAGCAGGAGUGUGAUGACACAACUGUGCACAUCAAGAACCAGACUCAGGCCACGGAAAAGCAGAUCCGAGCGGAGUUUGAGCAGCUUCGGCAGUUCCUCCAGCGUGAGGAGGAGGCGCGGUUAGCUGCUCUGCAACAGGAGGAUGAGGAGAAGAGAGAGCUGGUGAGGAAGAAGUCUGAGAGCAUCACCAGAGAUAUCCUGACAUUUUCUCACGCCGUCAUCGCCCUAGAGAACGAGAUCGCAUCGGAUGAUGUGCUCUUCUUGCAGAGUUACUCCAGCACAAAGAAAAGAUUAGAGCUCCCACAGAGAGAUCCAGAGAAGCUGUCAGGUGUUCUUAUAAAUGUGGCCAAGCACGUCAGUUCCCUUAAGUACUAUGUUUGGGAGAAGAUGGUGGAUCUUGUUCACUACACCCCCAUCACCCUGGACCCCAACACCGCGUACCCCUGGCUGUCCCUCUCCUCAGACCUGACCAUGGUGGCCAACACUGGCUUCCUCCAGCAGCUCCCAGACAACCCCGAGCGCUUUGGCCACUUUGUCUUCGUGCUGGGAUCAGAGGGUUUUGUGUCCGGCUGCCACGCCUGGGAGGUGGAGGUUGGCGACAAGAUAGACUGGAUGCUGGGGGUGGUCAAGGAGUCCAUCGACAGAAAGGGUCGCAUCUCUGGCUGCCCCGAGGGCGGCUUCUGGAUGAUCUCGCACUACGAGGGCGAGUACUUGGCCAUGACGAGGCCAAGCACGCCACUGUGCUUAGAGGGGCAGCUGACUCGAGUCAGGGUGCAGAUGGACUAUGACGCGGGCAAGGUGGCUUUCACUGAUCCUGUGAGCAUGAAACCCAUCUACACUUUCACUGACUUCUUCACUGAAAAGAUGUACCCCUUUUUCUGCCCCGGAUCUAACAUCAAGGGCAGCAACCCCAAACCUCUGAAAAUCUGUCCCGUUAAGGUGGCUGUGUGGAACAGUGCAGCAUGGUAAUCAGUCCUGUAAAAAUGAAUUCAGUUUGGCUGAAAUCAGUCUGUGACCCACAAAGUUGUUGUUGAAAUCUGCCAUUUUUAUCAAGGAAAGCUCCAUUAAGCCUCUUCAGCUUAACUCCCCCUGGUGGUCAAAAACUCACACAAAAGAACAAGUUUCCUCCAAUUUAAGGCUAAACUAAAAUACUUGCUGAUUGACAUGUAAUUUGUAGCCAAGGAAUCAGGUUGUUGUUUGAUGCUUUUGUUAAUCUACGCUCAAAAUUUGGAGCCAAACUGCAGUUUUUGAGGUUCAGUUGUAAUCCGACACCAAAAUCCUUUCAAACCGAAUAAAAACGUGUUUUUUUUUCAGCCAUGAAACCUGUGUGCUCUCGUCUUUACUGUGAGAGAAUUACGGCUUCUGUUUCAUUGUGGUUUGGAGAAACCAUGCAGCGCCAGCAGAAACACUCCAAAAUGUGAAGUUAAGCAUCAUGAAACGGAUCUUGACUAAUAAACUGUCUUCAAUCGCAGA